CUUUAAUAAGUUGAAUUUUCUGCAUGUCUAUGUUGUCAGCUUGUAAAUUCUUUAUUCCCAGUUCAUUGAAGCCAGCUGUAACUGCGCAGUGUUGUAGCAUUGUACAUAAUUUGUCAUCGCAUCCGUCUACUAAUUUCGUCCAGAAUUUUUCUUCUGCUUGUAUAUCUACAGAACUAGUCAUUGUUAGUGAGAAGAAUUGAACGAUAGAACAGACUGGCCUUGGGAUUUUUACUAUGGCUGCUGUUGCAAAUUUUUGUAAGGAACCCCUCGGAUAUGAACUCAAAUUCGCCUGCAACUUCAAAGGAUGCCUGGACAAUCGCCCUAUGAGCAUGAUGGGUGCAAUCGAACAUCAAGCAUUUCAUUUCUGCGAAACGUUCAAAACGCAAGUGCAUUUCAACUUCAAAUGCGAUUUUUGCAACGCCUACCAUGUUAACAAAAGUCACCAUCGGCUCUGCAUCAACGAUCCUACUGGAAUUGGACAUAUCCAGUAUCUGAAAUCCGUUUUUACCGUACCUUUAAACGAUCAAGAGUAUCGCGAUUGUGUUGACUUUGGUCGUUUCGCUAAUCAGCACAUGAUAGCCGUUACAGGUGAAGGAGUCCGUCUGGUGCCAGAAAGUGCCGCUUUCCCAUACACUCCGCCCAUACCAGCGCCUUCUACGAGCACUCCCGUAUUCAGCAGCAGAAGAAGUGAUGUCAGCUAUCAAGACCUAGAGACAGUGAAUUUCGGGUCCGUUCAAUUAACGGUUACAGAUCUUGACUCUGGAGGAGAUGAUAGAUAUAAUCGUUAUGGUGGCGGCUCAUCGGAUAAAAAUCAGAACGGUAAUCGUGAGUACAGAGGAAGGGGUGGACGCGGCGGAUUUCGCGGGAGAGGAGAUAGAGGAGGAAGAGGUGAUAGGGGUGGAUUUCGUGGACGCGGGCGAGGUCGCGGUCGAGGAAGAUUUGAAGAUAAUGAUUUUGGAGGACGUGACAACGAUUUCCAAAGCUACCGAGGCAGAGGAGAUGGUAACUUCCGUAGCAGAAAUAAUUCUUUUAGAGACAACAAUGCAGGGGGCCGCUCGUACUCUCGAUCUCGUAGUGGAAGUCCCGCAACUCCUAAAAAUAAUGGUUGCAACUCUCCACGCAGACGUUCGUAUUCUCGAUCGGGAAGUCGAAGCCCACCACCCAAGAACAAAGGCGGGUCUGCUCGAGUUGCGCGUGCUAACUCCUACUCGAAAUCAGGCAGCAGCAGCCCUCCACCCGCUAAAAAGAGCAACACAGGUGCCAUUUCGCGCCGUAGUCGGUCGUACUCCCGUUCAGUGAGUGGAAGUCCACCGCCAACAAGAAAUGAUGCUCCUCCAGCUAGUCAAAGCUCAUCUGCAAUCUCUCAUUCCCGGAGUCGCAGUGCUAGUCCGAUCAGAAGUGACAGAAAUAAUAAUGACGGGCACGAAAAUCAAGAAAACACUCAACCCGCCCCCUAUGAUAAGAAUGAAGAUUACAUGACUGAUGGAUAUGGAUGCAGCCGCAUCUCAGCUAAAGGUCGCAUGCGUACCAACUCUUCUGACCAUCUAAAUACUGGAAACAGAGAAGGCGGAGAGCACAAAGGUAGUACUGGUGCGAAAGAUGACGAUAGGUUCACGCAUACCGCACGGGAGAAGCGCAAACGCUCUUAUUCGAAGUCCCCUUCUUCUUCUCCAUGAUGUUGCUUACCAUUUUUCUAUGCGAGUCCUUGAUGAGCCUUAUCUUUUAUUUUAAUCAAGAUAUCCCAAGAAUAAUCUCAUUUCUACGGUGUAUUCGUGCAUGUAUCUUCCUCUUGUUUCUUGCCAUGAAGCCGGAUCGUGGAUGUUGUCUGCGCAUUUUAUGUAAUUCCUGCCUCAGUCUCCUACCUUUCCUAAUACCUUACAAUUUUUUUUGUUGGUUUUUGUACUUCUGGUUUUAUUUUUUCCUGUAUAUAGUUUGCCGUGUGAAGUUUUUUCUUUUCCAAUCUCAGUAUAAGCUGUGAGUUCUAUUGCUUCAUUUUUAUCUUUAUUAACAUCGAUUCUCAUCUUUGAAGAAGAGUAGUGUUACAUUUACUGUAAUAAAUUAGUCAACAUAA